GCUGAAGGAGCAGCUUUCUAACACAGACAGGAGGUUUUGGACUUUCUGAAAUCCUGAUAAGUUAGGAAAUUAUGUCAACKUACCGCACAAUAAUAUGUUUACUGCGAAACGACCUGCGUGUCCACGACAAUGAGGUCUUCCACUGGGCUCAAACAAACGCUGAGCACAUUGUUCCUCURUACUGCUUCGACCCAAAACACUAUGUGGGAACUUACAACUUUAACUUCCCAAAAACCGGGCCUUUUCGCCUGCGCUUCCUGCUGGAGAGCAUCAAAGAUCUCAGAAACACGCUACGCAACAAGGGCAGCRAUCUGGUGGUGAGGACGGGGAAGCCGGAGGAGGUAGUCGCCGACCUCAUUGGGCGGCUCGGCUCUGUCAGCUGCGUGGCUUUCCACGAAGAGGGCUUCAGGAUAAAUCGGUGCCAUGGAAGAGGGACAUGAAGCUGUUUGACGCAUGGAAAGAGGGGCGAACAGGAGUACCCUUCGUGGACGCCAACAUGAGGGAGUUGGCUCAGACGGGCUUCAUGUCCAACAGGGGGCGACAGAACGUUGCAAGUUUCCUCACAAAGGAUCUGGGUCUGGACUGGAGGUUGGGUGCAGAGUGGUUUGAAUACCUUUUGAUUGAUCACGACGUCUGCAGCAACUAUGGAAACUGGCUUUACAGCGCYGGUGUAGGAAACGAUCCCAGAGAGAACAGGAAGUUCAACAUGAUCAAACAAGCCCUGGACUACGACAGCAACGGUGACUACGUGCGGCAGUGGGUUCCAGAGUUGAGCUCCAUCAGAGGAGCAGAUGUGCACACGCCCUGGAACCUGAGCGCCGCCGCGCUGUCGCACGCGCACGUGGCCCUCAGCGAGACCUACCCCACCCCGGUUGUCAUCGCGCCAGAAUGGAGCCGACACUUUAACAAGAAACCAAGCGAUGCAGGACCUUCACCAAGAGGAAAGAAAGGCCCGUCUCACACUCCCAAACAACACCGGGACCGAGGCAUCGACUUCUACUUCUCCAGGAGCAAAAACCUGUAAACAUUCGAGAGAUUCAGAGAUUUUAAAUGUUUUUUUUUUUUGUGAAAAUCUGGGUUGCAGAUACUUUAUAGGUUUAAGUCAUGUUGUUUAAUGCAAAUUUGAGGAGGUGAUUUUAUUUUAUUAUUAUUAUUAUUUUUUCUUAACUGAUACAUAAGGUGCCUUUUGUGGAUUCUUUGCUGGUUUUCUGUGUUUUUGGUUUGCAUUUCCUGUUUUUUUUUUUUUUUGUUACAUGUUCAAAUGCAAUAAAUGUCAUCGUUUCAUACAGUUAAA